AUGGGCAGGAAGAAGGGCAAAAACGAUAUGGAAGCCAAAAAACAGGAAGAGGCUCCACCGGGCCGCAUCCGGGAGGUCAACCCGCUGCUAUCAUCUCGGCAAAAGGCGAAGAGCGCCGAACUGCUGUCUAUACAGAACGACAUAGGCAAAGGGAUUAUCUACAACAUACGGCUAUCAAGAUGGUAUCUUGCCUACUGCUUCCUCAUGGCCAUCGCGACUCUGUGUCUUGUCAUAUUCAUGAUCGUAGACGUCCACUUUCGGAAGAACCCUGUGCCCGUGUGGGUUUGCGUCGUCGACGGACUUAUAACGUUCGCAGUUUGUUUUGAAACGAUCGCCGACAUGAUCCUCUUAGGAAAGGUUGGCGUGGUGGAAUCUCUAGAUGAGUUCGUUACGGUUAUUCUCCUCACAAUACGAUACGUGGCGCAGUUUGUGAGAAUUGUGCGGUACAUCCGAACGGGGGCCGAAGCUCAAGACUCGCUGAGUGCAGCGGAAAAACAUGUCAUUCGUUUUGACCGGCCUGGAGGGCGAGAAGACCCAAGCCGUUCUUCGGCGGUGCGAGGGGGAGAGUUGGACUUCUGA